UUGCAUGCUUGUUGCUUAGGAACCGUUUUAGGGUAGACACAAAAAUGAUAUGAUGCGCGAUAAGCAUCUGUCAGAUAUAGCUGGACAGUUAAUGGUAGCUUGCAACGUUAAUUGUUAGUCAUCUGCUGCUUUGGCCUUGGACAUAACCAGAUUCAUCUUGUUCAAUGCCUGACAUUGAGCUACUACAAAGUCCCUCCAGGGAAGUUGGAGACAGUUUACAAGACCAGCGAGAGCUACAGAGAGUCUACGUCAGUCACAGCUUUGAACUGGAAAACACUCCAGUGCCAUGUGUGAAGAAAGCAAAGAGCCAUAUUCAAGAGCUAAAGAACAAACUGGGGAGCUGGUGCCAGCAGGGAAUUGAUAAUCAGGAAGAUCAUUCUGGGGGGGGAAAUCAAAAUGGUGUCAUCUGGCGAUUUGAUUCCACCAACUAUACAGUCCCUGUAACAUCUACUGAAUUGUGUAUUGAAGGCAGGGGUCUUUGUCUUCUGCGUAAUUAUGAAAACGAGACACUGGACCUUUUCUGGAAAGGUAUAGCUGGCAUGGAUGGAGUCCUCCUGGAGGUGCUGUCUCUUGUUGAACGGCUGGAGUCAGGGAGGCAGGAGGCCAGGGAGGUUCUGCGAGAUGAAUGGCAAAGGGCCCAGAGGCUGAGGAUGAAACAGGAUUCUCUCUCUCUAUGGAAACAACAGCAGUUCCCAGCAGCAGUGCAGCUAGAAUAUGAGGUCUGCACUGGGGACAUUGCCGAGCUCAAGUGGCAUCUUAAACUGUGCCAAGAAAAAAGGCAACGAGCGAGAAGCAGCCUAAACCACGUGGAGGUGCAAAACCGCCAGCUGGAUGAUGAUAUUGAUUUCCUGCAGAAACAUGGGCCGCUCAUGAAGGAGAAGCUACAGCUAGAGAGUGAAGUCAUGAAACAGAUCAAAUCGGCCCAAGCCCAGGUCAAUGACACUUUCUCCAAUCUGUCCCAUGAUCUGAGAAAAUCCCAGGAGGAAUUGGAAAAUGAGGAAUUGAAGGCAAAUAAAGAAAGAGAAGUGAUGUCUGUGGAGCUCAAAGAUGUCCAAAAUCAUCUUAAAGAUCGACUUACAGAAUUCCAGCAUCUGAAGUCUUACUGGGAUUUUUGCUGUUUCGAAGUGCGUAAGACAGAGGAGAAUAUUGCAUUAAAAGAUACACAACUUAACACCAUGAUCCAGCAGAUUCAGCUUCUAGAAACACAGGAGAUCAAAAUAAACACCACUGUUGUGGAACUAAGGGCAAAGCUAGAUGAUCAGGAGAAAAAAUUGAGGGAGAAACAUGAUGAAAUUACAAGCCUUCAAAAACAGAUCCAAGCAACUAGAGGCAAAAGAGAAGCGAAGGUUUUAGAGUAUGAGGAUAUCUGCCGUGGAAAGCGGCAGGAGCUUCAGCAUCUGCAUGGUCAAAACAAAGACCAUGGGAUGGACAUUGAGGCCUACAAUAAAAAGAUCAGCCAAAGCAAGCAGGCAGUAAAGCAGCUGCAGGGAGAGCAUAAGCAGAUCUUAGAAAAGAUCAGUCAAAAUGAGGAGCAGAGAGACCAGGCCGAGAGAGAGCUCACCCUGCAGGCUGCCCUGUGUGCCACUACCAGGGCCAGUCUGGAGGACCUGGAGCAUCAAUCCUUCAUGCAGGAGCAGAGAAUGAGGAAAGAGACAGAAAAACUGAAGAUGGAGCUAAUGAAUGAGAUGAAAGUGGUGUUAGUGCUCGAGGGUAAUAUAGCCUCAAUAACGGAAGAAUUCAAUCUGGCAAAGGCUGACUGUGAGAGAGUAGAAAAUGAGCUCGUAAAAGAAUAUGAGGAUACCUGUUCUACAGCUGGCCGGCUGGAGAUAGAGAUGGUUGAACUAAGAGAAAUACACACAGCAAAAUAUAAGACAACUGAGAACUUGAAAUGGAAAUUGAAUGACAUACUAAAUAAACACAAAAGGCUGUCUGAUGAACUUAAGCAGCAGAAGAGUGUCUGUCUCGACCAUCUGGAUUCAGCUAAUAAAGCCCAUAGUGCAGUCUCAGUGAGGUAUGACCAGGUAACCAGCAGGAUCGAGGAGCUUAUUCGGAAGUCUGAAGAGUACCGGAAAGUAUCAGUGACCAUGGAGCACAUCGUUGCCACCAUGCCACGUGUUAUUGAAGAACUACAAAACGUGUGUGACGUGGUAGAAUAUAAGCACAGUGCAGCUGGCUUAGUCAUGGGCAGCCUGCAGAGGGAAAUGGUGGCCUGCAGGACCAGGACAGUUCAUGCAAAGGAGUCUCACUCUACAUUCCUCUCCCAGCGGGACACUACCAUGCAGGAUCUGCAGGCUAAUUUGAAGAAAGCUUUAAAGAAGAAUGCACUUUUGGCACAGGAGUACAGAGAACUGCAGAAAGCUCUGAUGAUGGCCAAGCGAGAAGCUCUGUAUGUGUUCACUGAGAAGAACAGAGCGGAGGCCUCCUUUCAUGAUCACAAACAGCUUUCAUUGUUGCAGAGGAAGAUGCACAAAGCUAUGCUGAAAUACUUCAAACACCGCAGCGUGUACAGCCAGGCGGAGCUGGCCCACUUCCAGGCCCUCUCCAACCAGAACAACCAGAAAAUGAAAGCCCUCCAGGAGGAGUUGUCAAGAGCAAUCCUGUGCAUCCCUGCCUUUCUCCACUCCCUGACAGAUGACUCAUCUACCAGCCGUGAUGCCGCUACAGCGAUGGCGGACACACAGAGGUGCCUGGACAGCGAUGGAUUGAAUGGGGCGAUGCAUACAGUUCAGAUAGCAGAGUAAUUGGACACUCACCUGUGUACCAGACAACUCACUUAUAUCCCCCCCCCCCCACCCCAGCAUGCUUCAGUUUCUCCACCUUCUCUGCUCCUUGCAGCCCAAUCCAUAACAAUGAAACAGGUGACUUUCAUGCUGCUGUCAGGAAUGAUCUAAUUUUAGCUGGGUGAAUGAUUGCAAUUGGCUUUGCCUCAUCAGAUAAUUAAUCUAUGUCACCAUUAAUUGGAAAAGAGAAUAAUUACAGGGCCAUGUUGACAGAAAUUCUACGCUUCUCCAGAUUCCAGGAUCUAAUUACACCUACUAAACCCCUCCUGACCUUAUCCUGUGGUUAGUAUACCUGUGCUGCCUUACCUACACUUGGACUGUGCUAGACUCUCUCCCCUCACUCUUUAUCUGUAUUUUUUCCCCUCUUUUUUGUUUAUUCCCUGUUUCUCCUGUCUUCUCAGAGAGCUGUCUCUCUCAAUCACUUUUCAAUAUUCAAUCUUAAUUUUGUGGAAGUUUAGCAUUUUCAAUGAGCUGGAGAUGAAUGAUUAAUGAAUAAAUUUAAAUGCUUCAUUUUGUCCAUGGAUCAUUAGUCAAGUCCUUUGUGGGAAGGACCUGCAAAAAAAGAAGGGAAAAUUAUUGAGACAUUAGCCUCAAGCAGUCCAGGGGUAAAUAGUAGACACUAUGCACAGAAGAGUGUAGUUUGAGUACUACCCACUGGCACUCCACAGAACCCCCAGAAACCACUCACACUCCUGAUUUCUCUCAUCACAUGACUAAUGCGCAGUAGUGACAAGGAAUCAUUUUGGAAUGAGUUUUUCAUUUUGUUUCUGUUUACCUCAUUUUGGAAACCAAAUUCAGGUGCGCAUAAAAAUAGCAGUGUAUAAAGAAAUGCAGUUAAUGUUAGGUACAAAGGUAGGUCACUGUUUCCUGGGCAUGUAGGGCAUUUUUAAAAAGUUUUUUAAAAAACAUAUAGCUAGUGUGUUUGGUCAGUUUUGGCAUACUUAAUAUUUGUUCAAAAGCUUUGUAGGCAUGCUAAUUCAUAGCCAAAAUAAAAGUACACAAAAUUAGCUCUGUACUGUUAUCUUUUGUCAGUAUUCUAUCUUUUUUAUUUUAGAACUGAGAAAUGCAUUUGAAUCUGAUGGCACUCUACAUGACAUGUUCUGAUACAAGAAUUGUGCAUGUAUUGUACAAGUCAGUUGAACUGCAUAGUCUUCUUUUUUAAGAAUUUGACUUGUCAGUUGUAUCGCGUUGACUUUCUUAAAGAUACAUAUCAUGUCUCAUUUUACAUAUAUGAUAUGGAUCCAAACUCAUAAGCAGUGCUGUAAUAGCAUAAUUGACUUACCGCGUGAGCAGAGCUGAACUGAGUUCCUGACAGCCUUACUAGAGGGCUGUAUGAAAGUUUGUGUGUGUGAUGCUCUGCUGCCUCGCAGGCUGUCAGAGUGGGU